AUGGAGUCAGUAAAUGUUGUGAUAGAUGAUGCUGUAAGUGAGGGGGAGAGUGUUGAAAAUUGUGAUAGAGAUGGUGAUCUUAUAAGUUCUAGUGAUCCUACUGAGCCAUCUAUGUCUGAAUCAUCUCUUGGGAAACCUGAAACACCUGAAAAGAAAACACUUCCCCAAGAUCGAGAUAAAGAUCCUAAGGAACCAUCGACUAGGCAAGCUCCUAGAGGUUGGUAUGAGAGACUUACAUCAUACCUUAAAGAACAUGGAUUCUCUCGAGGUGGUGCAGAUAGGACCUUAUUUAUUAGACAUGUUGAUGAAACUAUCACCAUUGCUCAGAUUUAUGUUGAUGACAUUAUUUUUGGCUCUCCUCUUGAGUCUUUAGCUUAUGAGUUUGCUGAGUGUUUGAAGCAAGAAUUUGAGAUGAGUAUGGUUGGGGAGUUGAGUUAUUUCCUUGGACUUCAGGUAAGACAGACAGAGGAUGGACUGUUCAUUUCACAGUCUAAGUGUGCUAAGGAUCUAGUUAAGCGCUUUGGGCUAGAUAGUAAGAAGCAUACUAGGACACCUAUGAGUACUAGCUUGAAGCUAGGUCGUGAUCCUUCAGGUAAGAUUGUAGAUCCUUCCCUAUAUCGAAGCAUUAUAGGUAGUCUUCUUUAUCUCACAGCUACUAGACCUGACAUUACUUUUAGUGUUGGUGUGUGUGCUCGAUUUCAGACAGAUCCAAAAGAAUCACACUUAAGCUCUGUUAGACGCAUCAUUAGAUAUGUGAGUGGUACAGUUGAUCUAAGGAUAUUCUAUUCUAGGAAUUCCAAUCUUGACUUGGCUGGUUACUCCGACGCCGAUUGGGCCGGGAACGCAGAUGAUAGGAAAAGUACGACAUGGGGUUGUUUUUACAUGGGUAGCAGUCUCGUAGCCUGGUUAAGUAAGAAACAGAAUUCUAUAUCUCUAUCCAUGGCAGAGGCCGAAUACAUAGCUGCAGUGAGUUGCUGCACUCAGCUUCUCUGGAUGAAGCAGAUGCUGAGUGAUUAUGGGAUUAGUCAAGGGACCAUGACUAUUUUCUGUGAUAAUACAAGUGCUAUAAAUAUUUCUAAGAAUCCCAUUCAACACUCUCGAACGAAACAUAUAGACAUACGACAUCAUUUUAUUCGUGAGCUUGUUGAAUCACAUGUAAUCUCCCUCGACCAUGUCUCUACUAAUAAUCAAUUGGCUGAUCUACUUACGAAACCACUAAACAGAUUGAGGUUUUAG